AUGAUCGACAACAAAUGCUCGAAACGUUAUCCGCGUGCUUUGUCGGCUGAUACAAUUACAGGCAAUGAUGGUACUCUGUAUCGUCGCUGCUCUGUAGAAGAUAACGGCAGAACAAUAACGUUGCAAGUAAAAAAUAAGGAAGUGGUAGUUAAUAACAGAUGGGUUGUUCCGUAUUCACCGCUGCUCUCCAAAACAUUUAAACCGCAUUGCAAUGUUGAGUACUGCAAUUCGGUGAAGUCAAUAAAAUAUGUUUGCAAGUACGUAACCAAAGGAAACGACAUGGCUGUAUUUGGUAUUGCAGCUUCUAAUAACGAUGAAGUUUCACAAUAUCAAAUGGGAAGAUAUAUUAGUAGCAAUGAAGUGGUUUGGAGAAUCUUUUCCUUUUCUAUACACGAACGUCAUCCCACUGUAGUCCAUUUAGCUGUUCACCUGGAAAAUGGACAAAGAGUUUAUUUCACAACAGAAAACGCAGCGCAAAGAGCUGAGAGACCACCAGCGACAACGCUCACAAGUUUCUUCGAGACAUGCGCAAGUGAUCCAUUUGCAAAAACAUUGUUUUACUCGGAAAUGCCAAAAUAUUUUACAUGGAAUGCAUCAUCCAAAAAGUUCCAACGUAGGAAACAAGGACAGCCUGUACCGGGAUUCGAUCACUUUUUGCUAUCGAGUCCACAAAACUUGUGGAACAAAUACAAAGACAAUAUGGCUGAAGACAUUUUACAUCAAAUACGUGUAACAACGGCAAAUCCCGAUCUUGCAAUUUGCACGGAAAUACACAAUAAGGUAUUAAUAACUUUAGAGGAUUUGUGCGUGAUGAUAUCCGGUAAGAUGUUGCACGAAUUAGGAAUGCCUGCGCCUAAUCGCCCUAUGCACGAUGCACUCAAUCAUGAAUUUAAACGAGAACGGCAAUACGAUAGAAAUGCUUUAAGUCAAUCCGUACAAAAUAAAAUCCCACUUUUAAAUCUGCAACAAAAAACAGCUUACGAUACAAUAAUGAAAUCAGUAAAUGACGGCAAUGGCGAAUUCUAUUUCCUCGAUGCACCAGGUGGAACUGGUAAAACAUUUUUAAUUGCAUUAAUUUUAGAUACGAUUCGGGCACAAAGUCAAAUAGUACUGGCAGUAGCAUCAUCUGGGAUAGCUGCUACAUUAUUAGAAGGUGGACGAACUGCACAUUCUGCCCUGAAAUUGCCAUUGAAUUUGCAAACAAUCGAUCAACCGACAUGCAAUAUAACCAAAACAUCUGCAAUGGCAAAAGUGCUACAAAAUUGUAGAUUAAUAAUUUGGGAUGAGUGUACGAUGGUGCACAAACGAGCAUUAGAGGCACUUGAUAGAACAUUGAAAGACUUGCGUGGCAAUCAAAAACUGUUCGGAGGCGCUAUGAUUCUACUGGCUGGAGAUUUUCGCCAAACGCUUCCAGUAAUUCCCAGAUCAACAGCUGCUGAUGAAAUAAAUGCUUGCUUGAAAACAUCAAUUUUGUGGAAAUACGUAAAAAUUAUCAAAUUAACAACGAAUAUGCGAGUGGAGUUACAACAUGACGUAUCGGCGGAAAUCUUUUCGAAGGCAUUAUUAGACAUGGGCAAUGGGAAAAUUCAAGCUGACACUAACACUGGCCUUAUUUCGUUUCCCCAAAAUUUUUGUCAUUUUACAACGUCAAAGGAAGAAUUAAUUUCAAAAGUUUUCCCAAGUAUUGGUGCAAAUUACAAAAACCAUGCUUGGUUGAGCGAACGAGCCAUUUUAGCAGCUACAAAUAAGGAUGUAGAUGAUUUGAAUAUAGAAACUCAGAGUCAAAUUGAUGGAGAAGUGCAUUCAUUUAAAUCCAUCGAUUCUAUUACGAUCCAAAUGAAGUUGUCAAUUAUCCAACUGAAUUCCUAA